ACAGCAAGCAAAACAAAUGUCGGGAGGCAGGUAGCCGGACAGAGGGCUGCACAGUUUCAAAGGCGUUUAGUGGACAUUAAGACUACACUUUGCUAUUUUCAGAAUGAACACCAAUUUGAAGCACUGGAAGGAGGCGGCUACUCUUAUUCUGGUCGCGGGCCACCGGCUGACAGCCGCGUCAGGGUCACCGCUGGGCAGCAGCUACGGACGGUCACACCUGCAGCACAGGACCCACUUUGAUUACGACGUGUUACUGCUGAAACGAAGCGGUAAAAGUGGUUUCAUGCCCAAUGCCUAUGUGUUUCCCGGCGGCAUGGUGGACUCCUCGGACUUUUCUAGUGAGUGGCUGGACAUUUUUAAAGCUUUCAGGAACUCUCCAGACUUUGGACUGAGAGGGGUCACCCAGCCGGUGGACACCAGACCUCCAGUGUACGCCACAGACCGACUGAAACUGGGCUCUGCUAUCUCAGGAGAGGUUGCCUUCCGGAUCUGCGCCUUGAGGGAGACGUUUGAGGAGUCCGGUGUGCUCCUGGUUGUGUCCAAACAGGAGGAGACAAGGUUGUUAAAAAGCAUAGAGGACAGGGGUGCCACUGAGGAAGUGCUGCAUUGCAAAGUCAACGAUCUGUACAGUAGUGAGCUCACCAGGUGGAGGGCUCUGGUGAACCAGAACCCCUCCAACUUCAUCAGGAUGUGCAGAGAGUUGGAGGUGCUGCCAAACAUCUGGGCUUUACAUGAGUGGAGCAACUGGCUGACUCCCAAAAGGAAAUUCACUACGAGGUUUGAUACAGCUUUCUUCAUCUGCUGCCUGCAGGAGAUCCCAGAGACACUCCAGGAUGAGAAGGAGAUAGAGCACUUUCAGUGGUCCACACCCUCAGAGGUUAUCCAGAGCUACCGGGCACGGGAGUUGUGGAUCGCCCCUCCGCAGUACUAUGAGCUCAGCCGCUUGUGCCGCAUCCCUUUGCUGAAGGACCUCCACAACUUCUCCAGCCAGCGUGCCACAGAGGGCUGCGAACAGUGGCUGCCUCUUGCUGUCCUUAAAGAUGAUGGCUACAUAUCACUGCUGCCAGGUGACAGUCACUACCAGUUGGAUGCGUCAGGAGAGGCCGUGGUGAAUCCCGACACAGACUGUCCGCUGGAGGAGCCUCAAGAUGAUUCUGCACUGCACCGCUUUACUGAAAUGGAUAAAAGCAGCAUCAGGAAGAGGAAGGAGUCCCAGGACAGCUCCACCGGCUGCACCUUGGACUGUCAGCCAAAAGUCAACAAGCCUGUGAAGGCUACUGUGCUUCAAAGAGAAGUCGGUCUGUUAAGUGGCAUCUGUCUGAUUGUUGGGACCAUGAUUGGCUCGGGUAUCUUCAUCUCACCUAAGUCUGUUCUGCUGUACUCUGGAGCUGUGGGACCCUGCCUCCUCAUCUGGGCUGCCUGUGGCGUGUUAUCCACUCUGGGAGCACUGUGCUAUGCUGAGCUUGGUACCAUGAUCACCAAAUCGGGGGGAGAGUACAUAUAUUUAAACGAGGCUUUUGGCUCCCUCGUAGCCUACCUUUAUACCUGGACCACCGUCAUGGUGCUGAAGCCCUCCUCCUUCGCCAUCAUCACUCUGAGCUUUGCAGAAUAUGCCUCCACUCCUUUCUAAGCCGGCUGUACUCCUCCUCUUGUUAUUACCAAGUGUCUGUCCGCAGCAGCUAUAAUUUUGAUCUCCCUCAUCAAUUGUGUGAGUGUCAAACUGGCCAGCUACGUGCAGAACUUCUUUACCGCAGCCAAACUUUUCAUCAUUCUCAUCAUGGUGGUAGCUGGCAUGGUUAUGUUGGCACAAGGAAAGACUGAGACUUUGUCGGAUGCAUUUGAUGGCACAUCAACGUCUAUUGGAGCAAUUGGACUUGCAUUUUAUAAUGGGCUUUGGGCUUAUGAUGGAUGGAAUCAACUGAAUUUCAUUACAGAGGAGCUGAAAGAUCCAUACAAGAACUUGCCACUGGCCAUCCUCAUUGGGAUCCCUUUGGUAUCUGUGUGCUAUGUGAUGGUCAACAUCUCUUACUUCACUGUUAUGACCACCUCUGAAUUGUUGGUAUCUCCAGCUGUUGCCGUGACUUUUGGAGAAAGAGUCCUUUUCUCUAUGUCUUGGAUCGUUCCUCUCUUUGUUGUCUUCUCCACAUUCGGCUCUGCCAAUGGAAGCUGCUUCACCGCUGGCAGACUGGCCUACGUGGCCGGUAGAGAGGGUCACAUCGUGAAAAUCUUAUCCUAUAUUAGCCUGAAACGCUACACUCCAGCCCCCGCUCUCAUGUUCAAUGGUCUUUUGGCUAUUUUCUACAUUAUCCCAUCAGACAUCAACAGCCUUAUUAACUACUUCAGCUUUGCUCAGUGGGCCUUUUAUUGUCUGACAGUGCUGUCUCUCAUAGUCAUGCGUUUCACAAGGAAGGAGCUCCACAGACCAGUAAAGGUGCCGAUUGUAAUACCAAUGCUAAUGGUCCUGGUGUCCUGCUACUUAGUCCUGGCUCCCAUCAUUGAUAAGCCAGAACUGGAGUACCUCUACUGCACUAUCUUCAUCUUCAGUGGACUUCUCCUCUACUACCCUUUUGUCCACCGGAAGGUCAACUGGGGACGCAAACUCACGAGGCCCAUCACCAUGCACCUCCAGCUGCUGAUGGAAGUAGUUCCCCCUGAGAAAGUUGAGUGAGAAGGGACAGAACUGACAACCAGGUCAGCAGAGUGGAUCAGAGCCAAAAAUCAGAGCUCACCUCUGGUUAAAUGUUGAUGCACUGUAUUCAUGAACCUGUGUGUAACUGUCUCACAGACAUGAUGUUUAUUUUUUAUACUUGCGUCAUAAAUUCAUGAUUUUUUUUGUUCAUACAGUAAUUAAAAAUGAUUGAAAAUUAUUUUUUUAUUCAUUAAUAAAUUAAUGAAUGAAAAAAGAGGAAGGGUAACACUGGUUAAAAACAUGUCUGAAAUAUACCUCCUUGGUUUGGUUGGAAAUGUAUGGGUCUUUAUGUAAGGUUUAAUGUAAAGUGUAAGAGUUUAGUUUAGGGCAUGACCAUGGCAUUAUGGGUGCACACCAACAUGGAUGCAGAGGAAAGACAUACAGUCCGAAAAUAACCUUUUUCUGCACGGAGUCCAAGAGGUGGACACGGUAAUUGUCUUUUAUUUGGUUCAUACUUGUGUAUAAUGUUUUUUAUGUGCCUUUACAUGGACAACAUGAUACCUUUUCAGAUUUUAUGUGAUUCAAUCACAUUUCUGUUGUACAAAGGUAUCAACAGACGAUUUACUUGGAGACUGAGCGAUGUGUAUUUGAAACUUUUUAUGUCUUUUAUUUCUUGUAGUUUUCACAAUGUCUGUUUUUAUGGUGUUUGCUGACGACGAGAGAGAGAAAAUAAAACUUCACUUCAGACACAUA